AUGGCAGUCUUGACCUCACUCAAUCACUUUGUCUCUCUCACUCGUUUCCCUUCUUCUUCUUCUUCUUCCUUCUUCUCCUCUUACGCUCACCGUCUCUUCCUUUCUCCAUCGAUAUCCUCUUCUUCAAUCAGAAGAUUCAAUCUCUUUUCCCUCAAACCAUCUCGAUCCUUCGCAAUCAUGUCGUCUUCUACCCCACACGGUGCUGAUUCUCCUCAUCAAGAGAAAACCACCACCGCUCCUUACGGCUCCUGGAAGUCUCCGAUCACCGCCGACAUCGUUUCCGGAGCUUCAAAGCGUCUUGGCGGCACCACCGUCGAUUCUCGCGGCCGUUUAGUCUGGCUCGAGUCUCGCCCCAAUGAAUCCGGGAGAGGUGUUUUGGUGAUGGAAGGAGAAAAACCUGGAGAUGAACCAAUCGAUAUCACACCAAAAGAGUUCGCUGUGAGGACUUUAACUCAAGAAUACGGUGGUGGUGCUUUCCGGAUUUCAUCAGACGACGACGCACUUGUUUUCUCCAAUUACAAGGAUCAGCGACUUUACAAGCAGCACAUCACUGACAAAGAUUCAUCGCCGAUGCCGAUUACUCCAGAUUAUGGUGCACCAGCUGUAACUUAUGCAGAUGGAGUCUUUGAUGCACGAUUGAAUCGUUACAUUACUGUUAGGGAAGAUGGUCGCCAGGACAGAUCAAACCCAAUUACAGCGAUAGUGGAGGUCAGUUUAAGUGGAGAGACACUUGAAGAACCUAAAGUACUCGUGAGUGGCAAUUACUUCUAUGCAUUUCCACGCUUGGAUCCCAAGGGUGAGCGACUGGCAUGGAUUGAAUGGAGUCACCCUAAUAUGCUUCAUUUCCGAAAGCGGAUUGAAAAUACCAAUGAGGUUGUUUCUGUAUAUCCUCUCGAUGGUGAGUUUGCAAAACCACUAUGGGGUUUCGGCACAAACUGCUAUGAGAUAAUCGAGUGCUCUGAAGAGAAGAACAUAAUUGCAUGUAGCUAUAGGCAGAAAGGGAGGUCAUAUCUUGGCAUUUUGGAUGAUUCGCAGGGUUCUUGUUCUGUGCUCGAUAUUCCUUUAACCGACUAUGACAACAUUGUAACACUGGAUCAGCAGAAGAUGAAAGCACUCAGUUCUGAGAUUGUUUGGUCUUCUUCACCUGAUGUUUUGAAGUACGAGGCUUUCUUCAGCGUGCCAGAGUUGAUUGAGUUCCCAACAGAGGUUCCUGGUCAGAACGCUUAUGCUUACUAUUAUCCUCCAACCAAUCCGCUAUACAAUGCUAGCAUGGAAGAGAAACCUUCGUUGCUAGUGAAGAGUCACGGAGGACCAACUGCUGAAUCACGUGGAUCCUUAAAUCUAAAUAUCCAGUACUGGACAAGUCGAGGAUGGGCAUAUGUUGAUGUCAACUAUGGUGGAAGCACAGGUUAUGGUCGAGAGUAUCGAGAGCGGUUGUUACGGCAGUGGGGGAUUGUCGACGUUGAUGACUGUUGUGGCUGUGCUAAACAUUUGGUGUCUUCUGGAAAGGCAGAUGUUAAGCGGCUCUGUAUAUCUGGAGGUUCCGCAGGAGGCUACACAACUCUUGCAUCAUUGGCAUUCAGAGAUGUAUUCAAGGCCGGAGCGUCCUUAUACGGGGUGAGUAACAGAACCAUUACAUAUUAG